GCCCAGAGGCAUGGUGACUCUAAAUCCAGCCAAGCUGAUGAUGAAGAUUAACCCUCACAGUUGGGCAGGUGACACAGUUCAGAUGGUCGAGGGCUGUUGCCUCGUAUGUAUAAUGCCUUGGGUCCCAUUCCUUAUCACUGCAAAAAACAAAGCAAAGGGAACCUAUUCCCAAACCCCCGAGUUGCUGUGUCUGGAGUUACACCUGUUUGCUUGCUGCCUUACCUUGAGAGAGGCCACGAGCACACAGGGUGGUAGGCAGUUCCUACCCCCAGAGCAGUCUCUAAUACUAGGAGAACUUUUGAUUGGCUCAGCCACGCAUCACUUAUCUAAUCAGCUGUGGCCAGGAGGCAGCUGGCUUUGUCCUGUCACUGAGGCAAAUCAAGACUUUCUGAGGGGCUCCAAUGCUGAGUCAUCCCAAAGGCCUACUUUGCAGGGGUGGCCCCAAAUGUAGAAUGGUUACUAUGGCCGCUCCUAAGCAUCCAGAAGGGACGCUGGCCGUGAGGCUCCAGGGCAUACCACAUUCAUACUCAGCUCAUGAGUUGAGAGCACCAAGUCUCGAAACUCUCACUACUUCAAGUCCUGGUCCUGCAUCCCACAGCCCCAGAUGCAUUUUAGACUGAUGCUCUGGACUGUACAAGUCCCCACCUCCUGGGAACUAUCUUUCGGUCCUUACAGCUAACCAGGUCUCCCAGGUCCUGCUUCAGCGCUGUCCCCUCCCCCCAUGCCCUCCCUCCUCCUGGGGAACCACCUUUGCCUAAAACGGGCAUGGCCAUUCCCUCCAGGAGUGUUGGGAGCAUUGGGUGGCGGUGACUGAGGAAAACAGGUGAUGAGGAAAUCAGUCCUUCGGCGUGGCUUUCCUGAUUGCCCAUGCCUCUAGUCCGCUUCCUACUCUGGAGCCCCUCCCAGAGCCGACCUCUGCACUCCAUAGCCCGGAUGUAGCAAGAGAAACGAGAUGCUUUUGGAGCCUGUUCAGCUGCGUGAGCCUUCCAGGGUAGAGUCAUCGCGCGCCUGGGACCAAAUACUCAGCAGUUGCUUGUGACUCAGAUCCAGUUCCUUUGCUGGCUUGCGAGACCAGGCUAUUACUCUGCAAACAGGAGCAGAAGUGUCUUCUUUCAUCCGAUCGCCUCUUUGCCUGGCCAGGAGCCACUGGCUCGUAGGCGCCCCACUUCGCGCUGCGAGAGACGUGGAUUUGAGACCCCCUACGCGCCAGAGCCCAGCUCGCGCGCGUAAAUGACGGACAGCGCAUGUGCUAUGCCGCACGUCAGCGCGCCAGUGGUCAGGAGUCCAAACCAUUCCUGCCCACCCCCACCCCCGGCCGCUCCCUUUCUCGUUUGCUCAAUCCAAAGGUACGGCAGAGGUCCGGCGUGACGCAUGCGCGUCUUGGUGCACACUAGCGCGCAUGCUCUGGAGUGUGCACAUUUUUCCCCCCCUCCGAGAACUGCGCUUGAUGGUACGGCCUGGGCGGGGCGAGGCAGAAGCCGCGAAAUCCGCGCGAAAUCCGUGCGAAAUCCGCGGGAACUAGCUUUUUGGCGCCAUGGCGCAAAGUCGUGUUACCGAUUUCUACGCGCGCCGUCGCCCGAGCCUUACUGCUCCGCGGGCCAAGUCGGCCUGUCUCACCCCGAGCCCCAGUGGGCUUGUGACCCCCGAGUUCACCCGGAGCAGCAGCCGCAAGCGUGCCCGUCCCGCCACCGAACCCAGGAGCGACCAGCCCGCACCGCCGGCGCGCCGGAGGCUGCGGCUUCCUGGACAGGACUCCUGCUCCAGUUCCCCAGCUGAUCCCAGCUCUCCAGCUGACCCUGGCUCCCCAGUAAGCCCAUCUCCUGUCAAGAGAAUAAAGAUCGCCACUGUUUCAGAAGGUCCAGGCCUUUCUGCCACAGCCCAAAAGCAGGACAAGGUCUCCUCAGAGGAUUCUAUCUCUGAGCUCCAGUCCUGUCUGAGGCGGGCCCGUAAGUUGGGAGCCAGGGUUCGGGCCCUGAGGGCCAAAGUCCAGGAGAAUGCUGUGGAGUCUUGUACGCCAGAUGCCAAGGUGCCCACAGAGCAACCAUGUGUCGAGAAAGUCCCUGCCUACCAGCGCUUCCAUGCCCUGGCCCAGCCUGGUCCCCCUGGCCUUAUCCUGCCCUACAAGUAUCAAGUGCUGGCCGAGAUGUUCCGUAGCAUGGACACCAUCGUGAGCAUGCUUCACAAUCGAGCUGAGACUGUGACCUUCGCUAAAGUCAAGCAAGGUGUCCAGGACAUGAUGCGCAAGCGCUUUGAAGAGCGCAAUGUGGGCCAGAUCAAAACCGUGUACCCCACAUCAUAUUGCUUCCGCCAGGAAUGCAAUGUCCCCACGUUCAAGGACAGCAUCAAGAGAUCUGAUUACCAACUCACCAUAGAGCCCUUGCUGGACCGGGAGGCUGGUGGUGGUGCCACGCAGCUCACAGCCACGUGCCUCCUGCAGCGCAGGCACAUCUUCCGACAGAACCUGGUGGAGCGAGUCAAGCAGCAUCACAAAGCUUUCCUUGCUGCACUGAACCCCCCCAUGACCGUGCCUGAAGACCAGCUGACCCGCUGGCACCCCCGCUUCAAUGUGGAUGAAGUGCCUGACAUUGAACCAGCCGAACUGCCCCAGCCUCCCGUCAGGGAGAAGCUCACCACCGCCCAGGAGGUGUUGUCCCGAGCCCGCAGCUUGAUGUCACCCAAGAUGGAGAAGGCCUUGAGUAACCUGGUCCUGCGCUCAGCCGAGCCUAGUAGCUCUGGGUCGUCCUCUAGUCCAGCACUCCCAGCCACUCCACCAGCCACCCCCCCAGCUGCCUCUCCCAGUGCCCUGAAGGGUGUGUCCCAGGCCUUGCUGGAGCGGAUAAGGGCCAAGGAGGUCCAGAAGCAGCUGGCACAGAUGACCCGGUGCCCGGAACAGGAGCUCCGGCUGCGGCGGUUAGAGCGCUUGCCAGAGCUGGCCCGUGUGUUGCGUGGUGUCUUUGUGUCUGAGCGCAAGCCAGCGCUCACUAUGGAGGUGGUCUGCGCAAGGAUGGUGGAGAGCUGCCGAGCAGCCCUGAGCCCGGGGGAGAUGGAGAAGCACGUGCUGCUCCUGUCUGAGUUGCUGCCAGACUGGCUCAGCCUGCAUCGCGUCCGGACUGACACCUACAUCAAGCUGGACAAAGCCGCUGACCUAGCCGGCCUCACCGCCAGGCUGACCCACCAGGUCCACACUGAGGGGCUGUGACCGAGUUCUUCGCCGGCUGGUCUGUUCCCUUUAUCGGUACAGCACGCACGCGCUUCCCUCUCCGUGACACAGCCUGCUGCCAGUAUGGGCAGCCAUUGUGCCCAUGGGUCUCACGAAGUGUUGGUGUUAAAUUGGUUCCCGAGGCUUUGGUACCCCAGGCCCAGCACUUGUGUGAGUGAGUGUUGGGGAAGUAGACUGGGGGAGCAGGGUAUGUUGGAUGUCCAUCCCACGAACUACUCGUCUCGUCAAGGUCCAGAGGGAAGCCCUAGGCUAGCCUCGCCUGCUCCUCCGUGCUGGCGAUAGCUGUCUUGCUUAGAGCCUUAAGACGCACACAGAGAACUUGGACUUCUGGCUACAUUUCACCAGGACAGUGAGUUCUGAAUGGCAGAGUGGAAUUGGGCCUUCUGUAUAUAAUAAAAUCGUGUAAAUAAAAGUACUGCCGAGACGAAACCAAACAGGUCAUCAUAAAAUCCCUUUAAACAUUG